GAUCCGCCGGAUGGGGAGUCGUCGGCGCUCCCUGGUCACGUUUCGGGGGUAGUUUUACACCUCGGCUUCCGUAUUCUACCCCCGCUCAGGCCGGAGACUGACUGGAGGGUGAGUGUGUCCGGGCUGCGUCCUUCGUCCUAGAGAGUGACGCCUGGACGGAUGGUCCGGAGCUGCCCGAGCGUGGCGAGCUGGGUGACUGACGCGAGGCCGAGCGUUGGGGUGGACGGUCCUCGACUUACCCCGGAGCCCCUGCGGCUAGUGCUGAAAGAGAGGUGGACCCUGGGCACGUUAGCCACCGACUGUCACUGGGUCACGUCCCUGCCUUGGCGUCAUGAUGGCAGUGUCUUUGGAAAAAGACGCCUCCCAAGCACCUUAAGGUGGUGAAAUGUGAAAUAAAACGCCCUAUGUCUGCAGUAUCUUCAAGGAGUCCUCAGGUUACUCAAGAAUGGGAGAAUCUUCAGCAGUGUUAAAUGUCUUACCAGCUACUAAUGAGAUAGUUUCUUUACAAAGGAAAGGAGUGUGGGGAAGGAUUCUCAGCUCUGAAGAAAAGGAGAAACUACAAAGAGACCAAACUUUGGUGUCUGAUUUUAAACAGCAAAAACUGGAAAAAGAGGCUCAGAAGAACUGGGAUCUGUUUUACAAAAGAAACAGUACCAACUUUUUCAAAGAUAGACAUUGGACCACCAGAGAGUUUGAAGAGCUAAGAUCAUGUAGGGAGGGGAAAUUGAAACACGGAGCUGUUGAUGUGAUUUCUCCAAGAGGAGUUUGGGCAUACAAGUAUGAAGGUCAAAAAUUGACAAUACUGGAAGCUGGCUGUGGAGUUGGGAACUGUUUAUUCCCACUUUUAGAAGAAGAUUUGAAUACCUUUGCCUAUGCCUGUGAUUUUUCUCCAAGAGCAGUUGAAUACGUUAAGCAAAAUCCUCUGUAUAAUACAGAGAGAUGUAAGGUAUUCCAAUGUGACCUCACUAGAGAUGACCUUCUAGAUCAUGUUCCACCAGAGUCUGUGGAUGCCGUCACACUGAUAUUUGUGCUUUCAGCUAUUCACCCUGAUAAGAUGCACCUUGUCUUACAAAACAUUUACAAGGUAUUAAAGCCAGGAAGAAGUGUCUUGUUCCGUGACUAUGGGCUAUAUGAUCAUGCCAUGCUCAGAUUUAAAGCUGGAAGCAAACUUGGAGAAAAUUUUUAUGUCAGACAGGACGGAACCCGAUCAUACUUUUUUACUGACGAAUUCUUAGCUCAGCUCUUUGUGGACUUGGGGUAUGAAGAAGUUGUGAAUGAAUACGUGUUUCGAGAGACGGUGAAUAAAAAAGAAGGCCUGUGUGUGCCACGAGUUUUCCUUCAGAGCAAGUUCCGAAAGCCUCCAAGGGACCCAGACCAGAAUGGUGACUCCCCUUAAGGAGGAUAGUUUAAAAAUCACAGUUUAUAUUUUUAUAUUUUGAGUUUGUUAAUGAGCAUAUAUAAUUUUUGAAUUAAAAAAGAUUAAAGCCGGG